UCACACUUCAGUAGUAGCUGCCGCAGAAGCAUUGACAGCAAGCGCGUAUAGAUCUCUAUGGAAAUCAAGUUGGGCUUUCAGACGGAUUGCCUGAGCGGGAUCAGUACGAGUUUGCAUCUGGAAGUGUCUAAACCGAUUUUGAAUUAGAAAUUAGUAGAAUCUUUCGAGUUUUUCCAUCUUAAACGAGAUACGUACCUUAAAAAAGAAUUUAAGUGAAACGAAGACUGAGUAUUGAAAGUGUUUGGUUUUUGUGUAAAUAUAACAAAGGUGCCAUGAAUCCAACGGUUGAGAAAAUCCGCCAAGGCUUGCCGGCCGAUUGGGAAGUCUUACGGACGGUCUAUGAGUUAUUGCGAAAUGCGAACGUCUUCUGUGUGAACGAUAACAAUGAAAAAAUCGUCGAAUUUGUCCAGCCAGCUGAGCUAAAGAAACUCAUAGAUCUUUCAAUUUCCGAAGAUAAGUCUUUAAAUGAAACCGAAAUUCUAUCCAUGUGCCGCAAGGUAAUUCAAUAUUCCGUCAAGACUACGCACAACCGAUUCCAUAAUCAAUUAUUCGGUCAGAUGGACCCCUACGGUCUGUUUGGUUCCUGGAUAACCGAGGCUCUCAACACAAGUGCGUAUACAUUCGAAGUGGGUCCAGUUUUUUCACUCAUCGAAACGGAAGUCAUAAAGAAAAUGUGCGACAUUUGUGGAUAUGCUAAUGGCGAUGGUAUAUUCGCUCCGGGAGGAUCCAUUUCAAAUAUGUAUGCCUUGGCCUUGGCCCGGUACAAGAUAUGUCCUGACAUCAAGGCAAAGGGAAUUUUCGGAAUCAAGCCUUUGGUGCUGUUCACCUCGGAAGAAUCUCAUUACAGUUUUAAGAAAGCUGCCAACUGGCUUGGGCUUGGAACCGAUAACUGUGUUUGUGUGAAAACAAAUGCGCGGGGUCAAAUGCUCCCCUUGGACCUAGAGGCAAAGAUAUUAGAAGCCAAAAAGCUAGACAAGACACCGUUCUUUGUGAAUUCCACAGCUGGGACUACAGUUUUGGGUGCAUUCGAUGAUUUAAAUGAUAUUGCCGAUGUUUGUCAACGCUAUGGGCUUUGGCUUCAUGUUGAUGGCUGCCAUGGAGCAUCUGUUCUCAUUUCAAAAGAAAACCGUCAUCUGAUGAAUGGCGUCGAACGAAGCGAUUCCUUAGCUUGGAACCCGCACAAAGCUCUCGGAGCUCCAUUACAAUGUGCCAUGUUUCUAACCAGGGAAAAAGAUCUAAUGUCAAGAUGCAACAGCACGGAAGUUAAGUAUCUCUUCCAGCAGGACAAAUUCUACGAUGUCUCGUAUGACACUGGCAACAAAAGUAUCCAAUGUGGCCGAAAAAUUGAUUCUUUCAAAUUCUGGUUAAUGCUCAAGGCUCGUGGAGUGAAUGGGCUCGGGUCCCUGGUUGACCAUGCCAUAAAAAUGGCCAAAAUAUUUGUUCAAAAGCUUCUCCAGCGGGAGGGAUAUCGUCUAGUGCAAGAUUCAUUUUCAUACACAAACGUCUGCUUUUGGUAUAUUCCGAAGGCAAUGCGAGGUCAGGAAGAGAACAGCGAGUGGGAAGCCAAGUUGUACACGGUUGCUCCAAAAAUCAAGGAGAAGAUGAUUCGAAGUGGAACUCUCAUGGUUGGUUAUUCACCACUAGCCUAUAGGGGAGUCGGAAAUUUCAUUCGAAUGAUCUUCACAUGCUAUCCGGUAAUCGAUGAAAAGGAACUCGAUGCUAUCCUUGACGAAAUUGAGUUUUUGGCAGAACAGGAUUGAAAAAAAAUAAAAAGCUUUUCGUUUUAGAUAAGUUAAUGAAUAUUUUGUAUAUGAUUAAAUAAUGAUUUGAGGUAAUGAUACGGUAGUUGGAUAUUUUAAAUAAAUUUUUAAUUAUUUCUUA